ACUGGGGGCGGUGCGAUAAUCAGGAAGUUAUUUAAAGACGACGACACGCGCGUUUGUUUGGCUCCCGUGAGAGGAGGGAAGAAGCUGCAGAGGAGACUUUACAAAAGUGAACUGUGUCUGGAGUUUAUGGUGUCGUUAGUCUUCUUUUCCAAAUCAAAAUGUACACACUCCGCCUCCUGGUUCUUCACGCACUGGCUCUGGCUGUGGUCGCGAGGAGAGAGAGGAGAAAUGUCCUUUUCAUUAUGGCAGAUGACUUGAGGACAUCAUUGGGAUGCUACAGGCACUCCGUGGCAAAAUCCCCAAACAUCGACCAGCUGGCGUCCAAAAGCCAAGUUUUUCUCCAUGCAUAUGCACAGCAAGCCGUGUGUGCUCCCAGCCGUACGUCCAUGUUGACCAGUCGCAGGCCGGACACGACCAGGCUCUACGACUUCAACUCCUACUGGAGAACCCAUUCUGGAAACUACACAACCCUGCCGCAGUACUUUAAAUCUCGAGGGUACUUCACCACGUCUGUGGGCAAGAUAUUUCAUCCAGGUAUUCCCUCCAACCACUCCGAUGACUUCCCCUACAGCUGGUCCACCCCGGCCUUCCACCCAGCUUCAUUUAGAUAUGAGAAAGAAAAGGUGUGUAAAGGAGAGGAUGGUAAACUCCACGCCAACCUGCUGUGUGCGGUGAACGUGGCGGAGCAGCCCGGGGGAACCCUCCCUGACCUGGAGAGCACAGACGAGGCAGUGAGGUUACUGAAGAGUCGGGUCAACGACGACGUUCCUUUCUUCUUGGCGGUGGGCUUUCACAAACCACACAUUCCCUUCAGGAUACCUCAGGAGUACCUGAGUCUAUAUCCCAUUGAACAAAUGACUCUGGCCCCGGACCCCGAUGUCCCUUCACUGCUUCCACCUGUGGCCUACAACCCCUGGAUGGAUCUGAGGAAGAGGGACGAUGUCCAAAAGCUCAACAUUAGCUUCCCCUACGGGCCGAUUCCCAAAGACUUCCAGCUGCGCAUCCGUCAGCACUACUACGCUGCCGUGUCUUACAUGGAUGCCCAAGUCGGGCGGCUGCUCGGUGCUCUGGAUGAGCUGGGGCUGGCCAACGGCACCAUGGUGGUGUUCACCUCAGAUCAUGGGUGGUCAUUGGGAGAACACGGUGAAUGGGCAAAGUAUUCAAAUUUUGAUGUUUCAACGCGUGUCCCCCUCAUCUUCUACGUUCCUGGGGUCACCGGCCGCGACUCGCUGCGAGGGUCUACCUUUCCCUUUAUUAAUGUCCUCGUCCAGUCGGAGCUCGUCUUUAAGAAUGAACGAGUUGUCAAAAACGUGGUGGAGCUGGUGGAUGUUUUUCCGACCGUCUCCCACCUGGCUGGCCUCAAAGCACCGAGACCGUGUCCGGACUUCUCUUUUCAGGAGGAGUUGUGUACAGAAGGAAAAAACAGGGCCUCCACCUUCCAACACCGACACAAAGAGCAAAGGAUUACAGAAGCCAUGUCUUUCAGCCAGUACCCUCGACCUGCCGACACGCCACAGGUGAACUCUGACCUCCCCGACCUUAAAGACAUAACGGUCAUGGGUUACUCUCUGCGCUGCUGGGACUAUAGAUACACUCUCUGGCUGGGGUUCAACCCUAAAACAUUUCAGGUGAACGUGUCGGAUGUCCACGGGGGGGAGUUGUACAUGUUGACAGACGACCCCGGUGAGGACAGGAACGUCUACGACAACUUUGACCACCGGGCCAUGAUGGGAAAGAUGGCGAGCCUGCCUCCGACGGUGAGCGUGCAGAUGAGAAUGAGGCGGCAGCUCCUCUACCUCUCAACAGGGAGGAAAACGAGUAGAGGGCCGGCGUGAUGACGGGAAUAGAACCGCCACAGAUGGACGGAUGGAGACGAGCACAAAGGGAGGAUGGACGGGUGGAUGCCUUGAAUAUUUCUUCUAAUAUGAUGCAUACUUGAUUUAGCAUUACGUGGUGGCACUAUUAAUCCUUUAGGCUCAUGUUCCUUGUGGAGAACUCAUUGGCAGGCAGAGCUGUGUUCAACACGAGAGCAAAGUGAAUACGAAAGCACCGUUUUUCUUUGACAAAGAGAAACAUCCAUAAGCGCACAGACAAUUCUGACUGGUUUGUGUUCCUGCUGCUAAAACCCGCCGCCAGUGUUUUCAUUGUCGUCCAACUCACUGCGCCCGAGCAGAAAGUUCCAUACUUAGUUUUUAUUACUAACAUGUUGGGAGGGGGGGGGGGGGUGGUCUGCAGCCCGUCUUUAUGCCAAGCUUAUUCGCAGCUGCCUCAUUCUUAGGGUAGAAAAUAGAAAAAUCAAAUGGCAUAUUUCAAUGAUUCCUUUAGAAAACACUAAUACUGAACAGCUGACCCACCCCCUUGAACAGAUAAAAGGGACUUUGACAGAUUGGCGCUCUAGUGUUAAACAAUAUGACAUUUGUACUUGCACUCGAUGUCACUUGCAGCCGGUUGCCUCCUCCCUCGGUAAACAGUCGGUUCGGAUCAAUUUGCGGACCCGCAAUGAAGAAGUGAGUAAAAGCCCCCCAUAAUAAUUGGAUGCAAAUGAAACAGACUGGCACGACGUCGUAUCGCUGUUCCAAUGCAUGCGCUGUGGCAAUUUGAGAAGAAAGCAAUUUCAGCUCGAGUUUCAGGUCCAACAAUGGAUUGCAGGGAUUCGGUCUGUCAACUUUUAUUAUAGGCUACACUGGCUUCAUGUUAAUGGGAUGCAGAUGAUUCAUGUAAUCAGCAUGGAUCAUAUACCAGACGAAGUCUUAUUGAAUCAGCUUUUCUUUUUCUUUAAAAUGUCUUCCCCCUUGACCUCGCUCAUUAGUGACCGUUCCUGCAGCAUCAGGGUUCUGCGUCUAGAAUCCGUCCAUCCAGACGAACGCCAACAGAGAGACGAGCUCAUCCUCCGCUCUGGUUGCGUCAGAGCAUCUCAGUCUGAUCGCCAGCUUUCUGAGGGGGAAAUUAUUUAAAUCUGUAGCUAGGCAAGGCCAUGCUGUUAAUAUAUUUAUGUCUGAUUCGAUAACUUUGUUUAAUAAAACAAACUGUUUUCGCAGUGA